AAAAAUCAGUCACCUGAUACAAGCUUGUAACAAAACUAUUGGAUGCUAAAUAGUGGUUGCUAUAGCAACACUUUGCUCGUGAUGCCAAGUUUAAAUGACGGUCGAGAUAUUAUGCAAAGUGAUGAUUUAUUCCAAACUUCUUAUGGAGUUGGACAUCACUGGAGGAAAGGGUUUUAUUUCCCUGAUUCUGACACAAUGGCCAAACUUAGUAAAAGACAUACAUGGAGUUUAGAGCCCGAAUCUGCAGUUAAGUGUGACGAUCAGUAUCAAACGUCAAACAGGCUUGCGUACGAUCGGAAGGUCCCGAAGGAUUAUUUAAAGUGUCCACAAAAUCCUCGACCACCUCAUCACUGGGAUGUUCACUACAUAAAUGAUUUUCGUUCACGAUUUCUCCGUGGAGGCUACAGAAGACCGCUAAGCCCAAGUCAUCAGACAACUGAAACAAAAGAAUCGUAUGGUAGUGUUGAUGGGCUCAGUGGACUGUGGCGUCCAUUAUCAAUGCGACCUUUUGAAAUUGAAGAUCAUCAUAAGGAUGGACCGUCCAAAAACAUCAUCCCGUCUACUAAAAACGCUAGUUUAUCAGGCAGAGUGUCAUAUCCCAAGGACAAAGAAAUAUUAAGAUACAUGGAUCCAUAUCUUACGACAUAUAUGAAAGACCAUAGGGUUUGGAAACCUGAAGAACUAAAGGAAAUAUCUCAAAAGAAUAUACCGACAUACUGGAAUUCAACAGACUACUUGAAGUCAAACGUGUUUGGUUUAGACUCCAAACCAAUAAUAAAAGAAGGCAUUGAAAACGAAAAACAACCUAUGAUUGACAUACUGAAGUUUAAUUGUCCGACAGAAAGCACUAGAGUACAACCGAUUUCCCAUCAUGUAGCACAUACAGGUUUUGAAAGCACUUACCAGUCGGAAUACAAACAGCCCAAUAGUAUAUUAAGAAAAGCGGAUAAAGUGUGCCCAACAGAAACACCAUUCAUUUUGCCAGAUCCUGGAACUGUCCUAGCUCAUGCUGUACCAAAUAUGUAUAAAACGGAAUAUUCUGUUAUAGGUGAAUAUAAAAAAACAAUACUGUAAAAGUUAACUGGUAAGUAGUAGAAGGAGCUAAUUCACUCAGUUCUACAUUGUAUGUCCACGUACAUACACACACACUGACGUACUUAUUAUCAAGUUCGAUUAAACAGAUGUAAAAAUUAUAAGUUUGUGAAAUCAAACUAUAAUGUAAUACCUUUCAAUCGAAUUAUAAUUUAGAAUAUCAAAAUAGAUUUAUUUAAAAUAUUACAAA